AUGGCAGGCUUCCUCAAUUUUCCGUGUGCAGUCUUCUUCCUCAGUCUCAUUAGCCAAGGCCGUUGCCAGUGCCAUCCUAUUACCGACAUCAAAAUUUUCCAGUCUCAAACAGGAGUGCUAGUGCAAAACAAGCCGCAAUGGAAAGUAACCAUCGUAAAUGAUUGUGCAUGCACUCAAGUCAAUAUCAAAGUGGCCUGUGAUGGGUUCCAAACCGUUGAAGAAAUUGACUCUUCCAUCUUGGCAAUAGGGGAUGAUGGAUGCCAGAUUAACCAUGAGCAGCCUGUGUACGGGUAUCAGACAUUCAAUUUCACCUACUCUUGGGAUACUCAAUAUCCUUUCAUGCCAAUUUACUCUGAAAUUGCAUGUUCUUGA